GCCGGCCGCAGCAACGUGCGGAUGGAGCACAUCGCCGACAAGCGCUUCCUGUACCUCAAGGACCUGUGGACCACCUUCAUUGACAUGCAAUGGCGGUACAAGCUGGUCCUCUUCUCCGCCACCUUCGCCGGCACCUGGUUCGCCUUCGGCGUCAUCUGGUACCUGGUGGCCGUGGUCCACGGGGACCUGCUGGAGUUCGACCCGCCGGCCAACCACACGCCGUGCGUCAUGCAGGUGCACAUCGUCCUGCUCAUCACCCAACUCGUCCUCACCACCAUCAUGGAGAUCUUCAUCACCGGCACCUUCCUGGCCAAGAUCGCCCGGCCCAAGAAACGCGCCGAGACCAUCAAGUUCAGCCAAAACGCGGUGGUGGCCCAACACAACGGCAAGACCUGCCUGAUGAUCCGCGUGGCCAACAUGCGCAAGAGCCUCCUCAUCGGCUGCCAGGUGACGGGCAAGCUCCUCCAGACCCACCUCACCAAGGAGGGCGAGAGCGUCCGCCUCAACCAGGUCAACGUGGACUUCCAGGUGGACACCUCCUCCGACA